AUGUUUCUCCUUUGGCAUUUGGGUAGAAACAAGGAACAGGCCACAUCCGAGACCCUUGCUUCCGAAGACUGGGGGCUGAACUUGGAGGUGUGCGACUUGAUUAAUGAAUCCGAGGAGGGCCCCAGGGAUGCUGUCAAGGCAAUCAGGAAGCGUCUCACGAGCCAGCCCAAGAACUAUAGUGUGGUCAUGUACACUCUGACAGUACUAGAGACUUGUGUCAAGAAUUGUGACAAGCGUUUCCAUGUCCUUGUCUGUAGCAAAGAUUUUGUACAAGAACUGGUUAAACUUAUAGGUCCCAAGAACGAGCCACCACCGGCAGUACAAGAGAAAGUCUUGUCACUUAUCCAGUCCUGGGCUGAUGCUUUCCGUCACCAGCCUGAGCUUGCGGGAGUUAGUCAGGUGUAUGCUGACCUGAAGCACAAAGGUGUGGAGUUCCCCAUGACCAAUCUUGACACCAUGGCACCCAUCCUGACUCCACAGCGGCAGCUCCAGAACCUCGUCCUCCUCGUGUGCCCACUGGGAGUACCCACUUCCCCUCGACGUCAAGCAGCUCACCAGCCUCCACCUCCUCAAGCUGCACCUGUCACCCUAACAGCAGAACAACGAGCCAAGCUGCACAGCGAACUAGAUGUCGUGGAGUCAAAUGCAAAAGUUUUAGCUGAGAUGUUGUCUGAACUUUCACCAGGCAAGGAGCACCAGGAUGAUGCUCAGCUGCUGCAGGAAUUACAUGCAACCUGCCGAGCAAUGCAGCAACGUGUGGUAGAACUUGUUCGUCGUGUGAAUGAUGACCUUCUCACAGCUGACUUACUGCGUAUAAAUGACAACCUUAAUAAUCUUUUCCUAAGAUAUGACCGUCACAUGAGCAAGGUGAAGGGCAUUAGCAGUCCCACGAGAUCCCCCCAGCAGGUCCCCCCUACGCAGCAGCCCCCCAGAUUCCACCCCCGCAGCGAGCUCCACAAGCGGAGAAGUGAAAAAGGGGGAAAGCCAAAUGACAUGACAUUUAGGCAGGGAGGGUAUGGUGUCAGAGGUGCUUCCAAUCUUUUUAAGUACCUUGAGUACUUAAAAAAAGAUAGAAUGAUCCCUUUUGACCUGUUGAAAAAGAUCAUGGGUGCAGGAUCCUGA